UUCGUGUCCCUGCCUCUAGCCUCGCCCUUUGAUUUUCCUUUCCCUUUUUUUCUUUUCCCUUGGUGAGAAUACCCUUCCGACUUCCCCUAUCUCCCUGCCACCCGCCAUCUUCCUCUUGCUAAACCCAUCCUCCCGUGUUUUUCCAUCGAAACAUAUACCCGCUACCCCCCCUUACUUUUCCAUCCGCUCCUUGCGGUAACAUCCUCAACUCACUCAGUCAUUCCUUAGUACAGUACUUCUUCCUUCCCGUCAUUUCCGUUUGGGACCUUGUGUCGCUGUCUCUACCAGCUUCAGUCGCUGCUUACGACAACCAUCCUCAAACACAGUAACGAGAUCGUUCUAGCCAGCCAAGCAACAAAGCACUACAGUAAUGGCCGAAAAAGAGAAGCAAGAAGCUUUCCGCGUCGAUAUUCCUAGCAAUGAUAAGGGAUUUGCUCCUCCUUCGCCGCGUGGACCUCCUGCGGCCCCGGUGGUGAGCAAUCCGUUGCUUCCAAUUCUCAGUUACUGCGGAGCCAGUAUUCUCAUGACCGUGACGAAUAAAUAUGUGUUGUCGGGAUACGACUUUAAUUUGAACUUCUUCUUGUGUAUGGUUCAGGUAAGCGUUUCCCUUAAUCCCUCUCUCAUGUGUUCCGGAGGCCGGGCACAUCGAACAGCUGCUAAUCAACGUAACCUCUUAGAGUGUUGUUUGUGUGGUUGCCAUCGCCAUUUGCAAAUCUAUGGGGUAUAUCAAGUAUCGAGACUUUAGCAUUGACGAAGCUCGAAAAUGUAUGCAUUUCUUUUCCUCAUACCUCUCCGGAGUUAGUAUGCUAGUAUAGAUGCGUCGUAUAACAAUUACUCUGCAGGGUUUCCCAUAUCCGUUCUUCUAAUUCUUAUGAUUUACACUUCCUCCAAGGCUCUCCAGUUCUUAUCAAUACCGGUCUAUACCAUAUUCAAGAAUUUAACCAUUAUCUUGAUUGCCUAUGGCGAGGUUCUAUGGUUCGGUGGCUCCGUAACUGGAAUGGCGCUCUUCUCGUUUGGCUUGAUGGUUCUUUCUUCCGUGGUUGCGGCAUGGGCAGAUAUCAGAGCCGCCAUCGACAGCUAUGGCCACAGCUCCACUGAGACCGCGGCUGCUUUGAGCACACUAAAUGCCGGAUAUAUCUGGAUGUUGGUCAAUUGCUUGAGCUCUGCAAGCUAUGUCUUGGGAAUGAGGAAGAGGAUAAAGUUGACGAACUUCAAAGAUUUUGAUAGUAUGUCAUCUUUAUUUAGUUGCAUCCGCGCACUGCUAAUGUUUCCCUCUAGCUAUGUUUUACAAUAACCUUCUUUCCAUCCCUGUUCUUUUCGUUAGCUCUCUCCUCUUUGAGGACUGGUCUGCUACCAACAUCAACCUGAACUUCCCUGAGGAGCGCCGUAAUAACAUCAUUAUUGCUAUGAUCUUCUCUGGACUCUCCUCCAUUUUCAUCUCAUAUACUUCUGCGUGGUGUGUUCGGACCACUUCGUCUACCACCUAUUCCAUGGUUGGUGCUCUUAACAAGCUCCCACUUGCUAUUUCUGGAUUGAUAUUUUUCGAUGCCCCUGUUACUUUCUUCUCUGUCACGGUAAGUUGCUCUCCCUACCUCCGAUAGGCUACUUCCUAACAAGUAUAUUCUAGGCUAUUGCCAUUGGUUUCUUCUCUGGAAUCGUUUACGCUCUUGCGAAAGUUAAGCAAUCCCAGUCAAAGACUGGAGUCCUCCCAACAUCCAACUCUACCAUGAGCGCCAGCUCUCUGAGUAUGAGAGAUGGAUUUGGUCAGAAGUCGUAAACACGAUUCGUUUUGGCGGAAGCGCAUAGAGCACACAUGGUCCGAGUCAACGAGAAAGGGGAAAUAGAGUCGGGUAAAAAUGGUGUUUGUUUCUCGGUCAUUGUCAUGUGGAUUCAAGAUGACGAUUGGGAGGGGUGUUGCGUUUUGUUCUUUUUAAAUUACUAGGCGGUUCUUACCAUAUAUUCCCCGGCGCAAAACAAAAAAAGAAAGUUGGGUUCUCGAAGUACAUUUCUCUCUAGCAUUCUCUUCCUUCUCGUUAGCUUUAUCUCCUGUACCAGUCAUAUUUUCUUUCCAGGAGGAUGUCUCAUUUCAUUUCACGUGCAUUCUUGUUGGAGAGUAUUAGCGUUUUUAUUUAGACUUUUUCCCUUUCUU